CACUUAACGUAUUUACGUAUUCUGAAUAGUCUAUUCACUAUUAUGGCGCAAAUUUAAAUUAAAUUAUUUAAUUAACCUUGUUUAAUUCUGGGAAAUUAACUAGAAAUGAAAUACAUACAUCUUUUUAAAACAAAUAAUAUGAUUGUAAGAAAUCGUCGACGAUACUUUGUCCUCGUCGUCCUCGUCAUUCUGAUGAUCUUAUUUAUCCUCAUCACAGAGAUAAACUUACAAGAUUCCAACCAGCCCAACUUAUACUUCAGGAUUUGGAAAUACCUUGGACUCCCAUCACUCACCCCACCCGCCGUAUUGCUCAUUCCUAAAGGGGGCAUAGGCAAUCAACUGUUCGAAUACGCGUGUCAUUACGCCCUCGCCAAGAAACAUGCCCUUCCCCUCUACAUCUACCUACCCUCAGCCGUUCGCACCCAAUUGAACCUUAUCACAGAUAAGCCUGCCACACAAUUUUCCCCGCCUCCACCAUUUCGCGAGUUAAACGUGUCUGACCGCUCCGUCGCCCUCGACGCCUUCCGUGUCCCCCUCUUCUCCUGGAACACGAUUGACGAAAGGUACUUGGUCCCAAGUCACACCGAAAUCAGAGACUCGGACAUUCUCACCGGCAACUAUUCGGUUAACGGAGCCGUCCUCUCGGCUAAGGACUACUGCCAAUCAGAAGCCUACUUUUUCCAGUAUCGUAAAGAAAUUCGGGAAAUUUUCAAAUUUGCAAAAUUCUUCCGGAGAAGAUUCCUCUCUCAAAGAGCGAUCACAUGGGACAAGAUAAUUUCCAGGAAGGGCACCAUCCCUGUUGGGGUUCACAUCCGUCGUGGCGACUUUAUCGAGCUUAAUGCCACAAUUCCCAUCUCCUAUUAUUCCACGGCGCUGGACGGACUGGUCAAAAAACUUGGGAAGUUGCAAGACAUCUCGUUAUUCAUAUUUUCAGACGAUUUAAACUAUGUUACUGAAAGAUUUAUUCCGAUAUUGAAGGUCUUUUCUAACUUUGAUGUCUCCAUUGUGUCCGAUCCGACGAGUUUGACGAGUCUGGAGGAAUUUUAUCUGUUGACGAGGUGUAAGCAUUUUGUAAUUCCGACCAGUACUUUCGCUUGGUGGGCGGCUUAUCUAGGGGGCGAGAAAAAGGAUAAAAUUGUGUAUGCGGCGCAUUUAAGGGAGGGGUUUAUUAAACAGAUAUACAAGCCAGAUGCGCAAAUUUUUUAUGCCUGGCAAUAUAAAAAUAUUUAUUAUCCGAGCGGGUGGAAUGUAAUAGAGCCAAAUUGGGCAGAAAUGGAUGAUUAUCAGUAAAACACUUUGCAUUGUCUUAGUUUAUGUAUAUGUGCAAUGGGAAAAAGAAUACUCAUUUUAAAAAGUAUAGAGGAAAUAGUUUUCUAAGAAGCAGAAUACCUCCUAUUUUUGUAAGUUUAAAAUAGUGUAAAGCAUGGAUUAAAUUAAGCUACAAUAUUUUUUAUAUUCGUAUUAGUUCGGUCAUGAACCAAAAUUCUUUCACAAUAUUUUUUAACAAUUGCUUAUAUAAUUAGUUAAAUAUCGAUGGAAUACAUAUUUACAUUAUUGUAACAAUUUUGACAGUAAUUUGAAGGGAAUAUUCACGUUUUUUAACAUUAGAUUUGCCUACUUAAUUAAACUAACUAUACAUUUUUAUCAAUAAUAUUUAGGACAGAUUUUGAAAAAAUUUUGAAAAAAUCACGAUAUUUUCACAAUUCCAGUAAUUGAAAAGCAUAAUAAAUCAUGAAUGGAAAAAAUAUUUAAUAUUUGACACUAAUUGGCAAAUUAUUCUCUCCAAUAAACGUCUGAAAAUUUAGC